GAGGGUUCCUCUUAUCUCAAUUAAAAUCAGACUCCAGAUUUACCACAUGUGCUACUCGCUGCCACACCCAGGCUUGCACACUUCCACAUUCUUUACAGCAUGUCUUCUCUUGCCGAAGACGCGAAGCCCUUCUUGACGAGUGAAAGCGGUGAAUCCAGCUUCGACUUGGCCCCGGCCGAGAGAUCGAGAUUGCAACAAGACCGAUCGAGUGGGCCCGGCUGGCGGAGGAGACUCUGGCUCAGCCAUGUGAUCUUCUUGGGAUUCAACGUCGCGUUUCUCAUCUACAACAUAGGCGAUGUUGGGAAACACGUAGGGCCGGAGGCUGCGGUGCUCGAAAGAGCUUACUCACCGGCGCAGAUGGCUAUUAGUUAUACAGUCAAAGAGGAAGCCCCCAUGUUACCCGACAACUUGCUCACUGGCCCACCCGGCCCUGAAGCUGACAAGGCAUGGGAGGAGCUUGAAAAACCAUUCAUGCUCAGGUUCUCCGAGGAUGAGAUGGACCGGAUGCAGAAGACAUCGCUCGCUCUCAAAGACGGAAGUGGAUAUAUCGGUUAUCUGGAGUCCUUCCAUAUGCUCCAUUGUGUCAAGAGUGCUUGGAAGUCCCAGUACAUGGAUCACUACGGCAGCGGACAUUCGACCAAGCCUGGCCACCUAGCUCAUUGUCUCAAUGUCCUGAUCCAGGGUAUCAUGUGCAACGCAGACAUAUCGAUCGGAACAUAUCAUUGGAAAGAGGGCGGUACCAUUAAGGGGAAAGAGAUGAUGGACAUUGAAGCUAACAGGACCGGGCAUCGCCAAUGCACCGAUUUUAGCAAGCUCCAGGCUUGGGCUGAAAAGCGGACUCUCGAUUUUGAUGUUCACGACACUGACAAGUUUCUGCGUACCUUGAAGCCGGAAACCUAAGCUUUGGUAUCAUCGUUGCUGGGAUGUGGGAUAUGGAGAUUCGGGCGGAGUGAAGUCAAGAUACCUUCGGUGAUGGCCCAAACGCUAUGAAAGUAGUCGCUGUAGCUACGUUCCACAUUCACAUUAAAAAGAGCGGACCGCUCUAGAUUAUGAGAUUAUCUUUACGCUCUCUUCUUUCAUAGACCGCAGUCACUGGG